AGGUGCCAAUCGGCGCUCUGCCAGAAGUCGCUGUGACUUCCCGUGUUAGUGGUGCUGAGGCGCGGGGGGACGGUUGGAGCGGCUCUGCUGUGACCCGAACAACCACGUCCCGGAGAGCUGUGGUGACAGGAGUCGAGGGGGUGCCGGAACACUGCGGCCUAACACCGUGAGAGGCUCUUCGGGCCCUGAAGGGCCUUCAUGAUGAGAACGAUUGAGAGCAUCAACUCCAUGGUCAUCAGGCCCAGUGAGGACCUCUGGGCUGAAAUCUGCUCGUGUCUGCCACAUCCAGACCAGAAGGAUGCCAGCGAGGCCUUCACUGAUUCAUUCCUGGAUUCCUACAAAAACGGAGGAAGCCAGGGCAAUGGGGUCCCUUCCCAACCAAACCCAAAGCCCUGGGCGCCCCUGAAUGACUCAGAGGUGUAUUUAGCAUCCCUAGAGAGAAAGCUGAUGAGAAUUAAAGGUUUGUCUGAAGAGGUGACCUCCAAGGACAUGCUACGUACUCUGUCACAAGCUAAGAAGGAAUGCUGGGACAGGUUCCUCCAGGAGAAGUUUGAGUCUGAAAUUUACAUAGAGGGACAUGAAUCUGAUGAGAGCACCCUGGAGCAUCUAAAGCGAUGGCUGCAACCUGAUAAAGUGGCCAUCAACACUGAAGAGGUACAGUACCUCAUCCCUCCAGAAUCACAGGUAGAGAAACAGGAGACUGAAGAAGAGCAUCCAGCUGCUGAGCAGUGAGAUAUGCAGCAACCAUGCCACAGAGCUGUCUCUUGUCCAACCCUGAUGAAGCUGUGUGCAGCAACAGUAAUGCUAGGAAGAGGGUGGGGGUGGGUAAUGAGUGCCAAUUGUCAGUCAUUUAAAGACAAUGAAAUGAAAUCCAACAAGAAAACAGCACUGGACCUCCAAGGAUAUUGACUGGCAUUUUUUGUGGACAAGAGUGGAACAGAAUAUGCUGAACUGAAACCCUUUUUUGAUGUAGUCCCAAUGUGUUAGCAACCAAAUCAUUCUGGCAUGAAUGUGAAUUGUUUGUAACUCAUCAGGAGGCAUAUUGAACUGUAGCAGUUGUUCAGAAGCAUCAGAAAACAUAAUGGUCUAGAAUAGAACAGAUAAAACAACGUUGACGUUAAAGGUCGAUAGAGGGAAGCAGUGUACAUCUUCUGUCAGAUAAAGAAAGCUCUUACCAGGGAAAUUGGAGGGGUAGUUCUAGUAGCUUAAGCACAUUAGAUUGUUCAUUGUGUAUGAAAUUACACUUUUAAAAGGAGCUUAUCACGUUCACUGUUUCCUAUCUCUGUUAGUUAUAAAUGUGCUGUUUCAUUCACUGCUGGCUGUUAUUCUGUUGCUGCUUCUUCAGUGUCGUGACUGGGUGUUUGUCCACACCAUUAGCUUUGUGCCAUAACCACCCACUGCAGCCUCACCAUUCUCUAAAGCAGUCACACGUAAUUCUCCAUUAGAACAAAUGUGAACAUUUGAGAAACAUGGUGAGUCACCUGAAUGUCAAUGAUACAAGGCUCACAAAGCUUUGGUGUUGUUGAAAAGGAUUCCUUUGUCAUCUUUCAAAUGCCUCUAUUCAUUUAUCUCUAAAAAUAAUUCUGCUUUGCUGUAUUCAGAUACAGCGCUGUAAAUGCCAUCUCUCACCUGUGCUGUCAAGCUAUAAUGAAGGCAUGUCUGAGCAUUCAUCAGAAAUUGAAUGUGCUGAGAGAAAGAUGCAAUUUCUUUAUGUGAACCCAAGCUAUUUUGCAGUCAAUACAUUUCUUUCUUGCCAUUA